AUGUCGCAGGCUGCCGUUGAAGUAGAUGAAUUCGAGUUAUUGAAUGCGAAGAAUUCGUGGAUAUCCAAAUCCUGUCUGAAAGACAUCAACAAAGUUGAAUGCCAACCAGUAUUACCUGUUAAAGGCGAAAAAAAUAUCCUUGUUACUUCAGCACUACCAUAUGUCAACAAUGUUCCACAUCUUGGUAAUAUAAUUGGUUGUGUUUUAUCAGCCGAUGUUUUUGCAAGAUAUUGUAGAUUGCGUGGUUGGAAUACAUUAUAUAUUAGUGGUACUGAUGAAUAUGGUACUGCAACUGAAACAAAAGCAUUAGAAGAAAAGUUAACACCGCAACAAAUUUGUGACAAGUUUUUUAAAAUUCAUAAUGAAAUAUAUAAGUGGUUCAAUAUUAGUUUUGAUCAUUUUGGUAGAACUACAUCACAUAAACAAACCGAAAUUGUUCAAGAAAUAUUUAAGGAAGUACACAGUAAUGGCUAUACCAGUACUGCAUCUAUGGAACAACUUUUAUGUGAGAAUUGUGAUCGAUUUUUAGCUGAUCGAUUUGUUGAAGGAACAUGUCCUCUAUGUAAUUAUGAAGAUGCAAGAGGUGAUCAGUGCGAUGGUUGUGGUCAUUUAAUAAACGCCACCGAACUUUUAAAACCUAGGUGUAAGGUUUGUCAAAAAACACCAGUUGUUCGUAGUUCUCAGCAACUUUUUUUGAAUUUACCUAAAGUCGAAGCUAAACUUAAUGAUUGGGUUGAUAAAUCUGGUGAUGAUUGGUCUUAUAAUGCAAAAGUGAUAACUAAAUCUUGGUUGAAAGAUGGUUUGAAGGAGAGAUGCAUCACUAGGGACUUGAAAUGGGGAAUUCCUGUGCCACUCGAUGAGUUCAAGUCAAAGGUGUUUUAUGUUUGGUUUGAUGCACCGAUUGGAUACAUGAGUAUGAGUGCUGUUUACACACCAGAAUGGCGCAAGUGGUGGCAACCGGAAGACGAUACUAAAGUAACAUACUACCAAUUCAUGGCAAAAGAUAAUGUGCCUUUUCAUUCCGUUAUGUUUCCAGCGUGCCUGUUUGCUACUGAACGCAACUAUACAAUG